AAACGAUUUUGACAGACUCCGCGGUGAACUUGCAGAAAAUAUACACAAAUCCAGUAAUUCCGUAAUUUUCAUCGGGAAAUUUGCUAAAUUUUUCAUCAAAUUUGCUACAAUCUGCGCUUAACGAUGGUAGCACAAACAGCGGAAGCUUCACCGGCAGUGCAGGACGUGGAGAUGGAAUCGGCCGAGGAUCUGGAGGCUGCCAAGAAAGAUGCGGAACUGUUGACGGUGCAGGAACUGCGUGAACAUGCCCGUCAAAUCGACAAAGCCGUCACCAGCAAGGAACCCCGCUUCAUCCUGCGGGUGCUCCGUUCGCUGCCGAACACCCGCCGCAAGCUAGGAUUGGUUGUGGUUCGGUCCCUAGCCGUGCAGUUGUAUCCAGCGGGCGCUGAACGUGAAGCCAUCUUGGCCUACAUCGAGGACUACCCCGAGGGCGCCCAGGAACCGGAACUUCCGCGACCCCGGGCCGCCAUCAAGAGCCCGCUACCGGAAGUGGAUGCCUACAUCCAUUUGCUGUUGCUGGUGAGACUGAUCGACAAAAAUGAGCUGGCCAAGGCGUCGAAAUGUUCUCAGGACCUGAUGACUAAAAUCGUGGGUCAGAAUCGUCGCUCGCUAGAUUUGAUCGCCGCCAAGUGCUACUUCUAUCACUCCCGUAUCACCGAAUUGAACGGCGAGCUGGAGAGCAUCAGAGGAUUCCUGCACUCCAGAUUGCGUACGGCUACCUUGAGGAACGAUUUCGAGGGACAGGCAGUGAUAAUCAACUGUUUGUUGCGAAACUAUUUACAUUAUUCGCUGUACGAUCAGGCGGACAAGCUGGUUAAUAAGUCGGUUUUCCCCGAAACGGCCAGCAACAACGAAUGGGCUCGUUUUCUGUAUUAUCUGGGUCGCAUAAAGAGUGCUAAACUCGAUUACAGCGCUGCCCAUAAGCACUUGGUUCAGGCACUUAGGAAAGCUCCCCAGCAGGCAGCGGUAGGUUUCCGCCAAACUGUACAAAAGUUGGUCAUCGUUGUUGAGCUGCUGUUGGGAGACAUCCCUGAGCGUCAAGUUUUCCGUCAGUCUGCAUUGAGAAGAUCUCUAGGCCCUUAUUUCCAGCUUACCCAAGCUGUGCGUCUAGGCAAUCUACAACGUUUCGGCGAGGUUUUGGAAAACUUUGGGGAUCAGUUCCGUCAAGAUCAUACCUUCACUUUGAUUCUGCGUCUCCGUCACAACGUCAUCAAAACAGCCAUUCGCUCAAUUGGUCUCUCGUACAGUCGCAUAAGCCCCCAGGAUAUUGCCCGCAAGCUUGGGCUCGAUUCUCCCGAAGACGCUGAGUUCGUGGUGGCUAAAGCGAUUCGUGACGGUGUCAUCGAGGCAACUCUCGAUCCAGAGAAGGGAUACAUGCGCAGCAAGGAAAGUACUGAUAUCUAUUCAACCAGAGAACCACAGUUGGCGUUCCAUCAGCGCAUCAGCUUCUGCUUGGAUCUGCACAACCAGAGCGUGAAAGCCAUGCGUUAUCCGCCGAAAUCGUACGGUAAGGAGUUGGAGAGCGCUGAGGAGCGGCGAGAACGCGAACAACAAGAUUUAGAACUGGCCAAGGAGAUGGCCGAAGAAGACGAUGAUGGAUUCUAAGUUACUGGAGUGUGGUCUUUUUUUGAUCGAUAAACGUUGCAUAACAAACAAUAAGGUAAAUACACUGCAAAUUACAGAUUGAUAAUAAUAUA